GCCCCCGCACCGCCCAGUCCCGCCCCCUGGGGGCGCUGCCCUCGGGCACCCGCAGCCCAUGCUGCCGAGCCACUCUGCCUCCCGCCGCUGAGCCUGCGCCCACCCCCAAGCACUCAAAAUGUGGCACAACGUGGGGCUGACUCUGCUGGUGUUCGUGGCCACGCUGCUGAUCGUCCUGUUGCUGAUGGUGUGCGGUUGGUAUUUUGUAUGGCAUCUGUUUUUAUCUAAAUUCAAGUUUCUGCGGGAGCUGGUGGGAGACACAGGAUCCCAGGAAGGAGAUAAUGAGCAGCCUUCAGGGUCUGAAGCAGAAGAAGACCCUUCGGCUUCCCCACACAAGAUGAGAUCUGCUCGUCAGCGAAGGCCGCCGGUUGACGAUGGCCACUGAGUGGAGAGUGAGCAACAGCUUCCGAGUGUGGUCUGGGGCAGUUAUGAGCUCCGUCCUUAGUGACCUAGCUUCGAAAGUUACUAAGUGACCAAGGAACAUUUGCAAUUGGAUUUAUAUCCAGUUAAACAAAAGAUUUACACGUAAGCCAUAUAGAAAUAAAAGGGAAUUUAAACCAAAUUGGGCCAUCGCAGAUUUCGUCUUGGAUGUUUUGCUUCACUAGGUCUCCUUAAUGCACUUACUCGCUGGCUCCUGGACUUACUCACCCACCCACCCACCCUUUCUUUCUUUCUUUCUUUCUUUCUUUCUUUCUUUCUUUCUUUCUUUCUUUCUUUCUUCUUUUUUUUUUAAUUGCACUGGUAUAAAUCUGUAAACAUUUCAGGCUUUAAAAAAACAUGUUAUUAGUCAUUAAAAUGUACCCUUUUCUUGACAUUUUAACUUGUCAGAAAUUGGGACAUAUCUCAUUACUGUCAACCAGGUAAUAUCUUGUCAUUAUCCUAACUCAUGCAUAUGUGACUUUGCAGCUUGUUACAGUGUCAUUACCUCAGCUGAUGUGUAUAUUGUUGUUAUCAAACAUUUCAGGUUUAAUUGGCAUUUUAAAAGUGUUUUUAAAAGACAGCACUGUGACUCAGCACUGAAAUGAAAGGUUAUUGUGUGUGGAAAACCAUGGAAACGGCAUUGGAACAUUUUUUAUAUUAAUGAUGCCAACGUCUGUGGCUGGAGACAUGAUCACAAUUCUAUAUUUUCUUGCAAAGAAACAGCAAAGUGCUUUACAGGACUUAAGAAAGGAAGAGACCCACAAGUUGACGAAUCUGUGCUGUCUUUUGUCAGCAAGGCACUUACAAAACAGUUGCCUUUCUUCAUGCCAAGCGAUCAGUCAGAGGCAGGAGAAAUCGCCAGAGUCCUCGGAAUUUAAAGCAGAGGGAGAAUUCACGGAGAGGACUGCCAUUGAGACAUCCAAAUUUUAUCCAAAGCUGCCUGCUGGUGUUAGACAGAGGCAGUGGUGAGCAGCCCUGGGAAUGCUGUGUGGCCAGUGCUCUUGCCGUGGGUGGGAAAGUACAGAUUCCUACAAGUAAUCUGAGAAAUGAUUUGGAAGUGGGUACGCGGAAUAGGAAGUUACAGUUACAGCUUACCCAGUUUAUUUCACAGUUUGUUACAUAGACACAAGAUUUAUGUGAUAAAAUAUUUUAGAACCUGGGAUAAAUGCAAAAUAAAACAUGUCUGUGAUACCAGGUACAUGCCAUAGCUUAAUGGGCAAAGCUUUCUUCUUAGAGAUAGAUCCGGUGCGUGCUAAUAGGUGGCCACUUAGAUUAAGUAGAAUGACAACAUGUAAAUUUACUUUUCAAGACAGCAGUUAUUUAUUGGAGAAUUUAAGUUUAAAUCUUACAGUGUUAACAGUUAUUUUUUAUGAAAUGCUUUUAGGGUAAACCUAUUGGGGAUUUUAGUGUUAGGAAUCUCAGAGCUGUCUUCUCCUUUAUGGAGAAUGAGACCAGUCCCUCCUUUAUAUGGGGACUUACGUUCUGGGCUUGUGUCGUAGAGAAAGUGCUUCACGACAGCAGUUCAGCCACAAGACCUCAAGGGCACUAGGGCUUGAGAAAGUACCUGUCUGACGGUACAGUGCCUCUUGCCGGGAGUCCAUAUUUGUUCUAACUGAACUUCGGACUGUUUACUAGAAAAGAGUGAUGGAUUGAUGAGCCUUCUAGUGUUGUCCGAUCCGUAGGGAAAUGAGCUGCAAGGCCAAGUUCCUUCCUCCUUGUUGUUGUUCAUGGCCGUGCUCAGUCUCACGUGUUACCUCACCCUUCGCUCUGGCAGAUGCUGUGUAUUGUCUGCUGGCACUGCCCACGGUGAGUUCCUAAGCGUAGGCCUCGCAGCCCUGUGAGUACACUGGCAGGGAAGGAGACAGCUAUACAUUUUCUGGGGAAAAUUCCCCAGUAGCUUGAGUGGGGUGCAUUUAUUCUGUCUUCUUUAUGGGGCAUGACGAGAAGGCACAAAGCAGUGAUGAUUGUUCCUAGCAUUGCUCUUUUAGCAUUUAGUAUUUCUUAUACUAACUAAAUAUUUUUAAGCCAGUCAAGAUGCCCCAAGUCAUCUUGUUACUGGGAGGAUGUUUACAUUAGAUUGUUUCAUAAUCUAAUGUUUUGAGCUUCAAAUUUUCAUUGUUGUUAAUGUUUUGUGGUGGAUUAGAUGCCAAUAGGAAAAACUUUAAGUGGCAGGUGAGCUCUCUGUUGUAUCAGUAUUAAAGAAUGAUGGCUGAUGUAACUGCCCCCCUCCGAUCUAUAACAAGGCCCAAACUAAUUCCUGUAAACUACAUAAAGGGCAUUAUUUAUUGGUAUUUAUGUUCCAGCAUAUCUUAUAAAACUGUAGUACUGUGCUUGGCCCAGGAAGUAAUACCUUAUGGUGUAAUAGUCCAUACUUGGUAUGUUUUAACUUAAGUAAAAUCGGUUUAGAUGCCGGUAUGAAGAGUCUAAGGCAUAGUCCUUUGUGUAAGAUUGGUUUCUUGGACCUCCCUUACCCGACCAAGAGAGGGAAGAGAAAGCGUUGUCCCUUCAGGGUCCUUCAUGUGCAGUAGAUUUCUGCCCUGUUUCCUGUUUUGUUUUAGGACGUUUAUAGCUGUUAUAACGGUCAUACCUGUAUUCUCAGGCUCUUGGUGCAAGGGUGUACUUAAACUUGAAAGUUUAAAGAUAUAACAUACAGAUACGAGAGUCAUGCCUACACCCUUCCAAAAAUAAUGCUAUCAUCUCUGAGGAGCGAUUAGAUACGUGAGGACUCAGGUCGAUCGCUGUAGUUCCUCUGCCAGCCCUCCUUCCUAAGGGUGUGUGCGUGUGUGUGCGUGUGUGUGCGUGCGUGUGUGUGUGUGCGCGUGUUUUCAAAUUGCCCACGUGGUAGCAUGGCUCAGAUUUAAAUGCCAAAUAUGCUAAAGAUUUGUAUGACAGCUGAGGCAUUUAGCACAUGCCUGAGGAAAACAUUUGAACUGAAUGGAUUCCCAGAGUGGGAGUAGAUACUGGUUGGCCAUUUUGUUGACAUCUUGACCCCUUUCUUUGGAUUAGGCUUAAAAACCAUUUCAAAGUGGUGUCUUGCUAAAAGUUUAGGAUACAUAUGUACUGACACCUAAAACACAAUGCAAAGUAGCCCACGUUUCCUGUUCAGAGGAAUAAUUUGUGAGUCCACAGUGUAGUCUUUUUUACAGUCAGUUUUCUCAGAAGGCGUCUGACUGUGACUGAUAACCAGUGUAAGGCAGAUCUCCGCUGGUAAACUAAGUGCUUUUAUAUUUGAAGUUGACUUCAUAAAGCCACUAAACCGUCUUGAGAGCAUAGAGGUGCUCAGGUGACUGUGGAAUGGUGUUGGGUUAUAGAAUAUAGAAUUAAGGAACCUUGUACUGUCUUCUGUCCAAGUGUCCCAGAGUUUGAAACGUCUAACAGGUUCCAUAUUAUCCUGUCUCAGUAGAAGCUGCAUCUUCAUUUGUGUGUUAGCGCACACGCUACCUGUUGCGGACUGUCUGGCAUUGACCUCUUCCCCAGUUCUAUGUCUGGCAUUGACCUCUUCCCCAGUUCUAUGUCUAGCAUUGACCUCUUCGCCAGUUCUAUGCAUAACCGCUCGCCAGAUACCGCUGCUCUGGUUUCUGACAGGAGCCUCUCCGUCCUGUGCUGUGGUGCAUUCUCAUCUUGCCGCUCAACAGAUGCUUUGUGAGGAAUCGGAAUUGUGUGUGUUAAUAGUACCUGUGCAUAACAAGAUGUAAAAUAUGGAUGAGGGAUAUGCAAAUGAAUGGUGUUCCUGUCUUAGAAUAGCUACAGCUUCCAUGAUGUGUAUGUUUUAACUUCCUCUUUAAACUGCACAGAAUAAAUGAAAAUGAAAACAA